CUCGUUUAACAUUAUUUUGUUUUAGGACAUAAACAAAUAUUUCGUGAAAUAUUACGCUUUGUAUGGUAACUACACAGCACCGGGAAAGUAUCGACAUUGUUAUAACUGAGCUAUUGUGCCCACUGGCAAAAACGGAGUUACCUUUUCAGUUUGGUACUCAGUGUUUUUCCCCGUUCGUCCUAGGCCUAGCUUCACUUGAGCGGCGGGUUGGUAGUUUCGGAUGAAGCGGGCAAUCGGUUUGAAAGAGGCAGGUUCGGUUAGGCUAGUGAAUGACGUUUAGCAAGCUAACUUAGGUCGAUCUUUGCAUCGUUGUACAGAAAUAAUAUUUUGAAUAACCACUUUCAAAUGUAUGAAACUUAACUAGCUAGUUGGGAUUUGAAUAGCUAGCUAGGUAACAAGCUAACUUGUUAAAUGAAACUGAGUAUGGUAGCAGCUAACGCUAGCUACACAUGCUAAUCUAGUUUAGAUAUAGCUAGUUAGUCAAGGUGAUACGAGGUAUAUAACUAACGUUACAAUAAGCUACCGUAGUUAUCUAAAUCAUAACUAGGUGGUUGAAAAUAGUGGAAUCCUAUCAAAACACAGCUAGCUAGCGUGUGACGUUGUCAUUGUUUUGACAGCAGCACCAGGCUGGAGCGAGUUUACAGUAUGCCAGAGUUAUAGCAUGGAUCCAGACAGUGAGCCGGAUACACAACGAGCUCUCAGUUUGCAAUGGAAGAGCUAUAAGCUCGUCCAAGACCCAGCCAUCCGGAGGGUUAACAACAAAAUAUACCGAUAUGAUGGGGUGCAUUUCAGUGUGCCGGACUCGGGGUUCCCCCCAGUGGGAGAUUUGCGGGACCCUCGACCUCGUAGAAUCUGGUCCAGGCACACAGAGUUGGCCCUGCCAGUGCCCAAGUUCAAACUGGAUGAGUUCUACGUGGGCCCCAUUCCCCUCAAGGAGGUGACCUUCGCUCGCCUCAAUGACAACAUCAAGGAACCCUUCCUGGCUGAGAUGUGCGCAAAGUUUGGAGAGGUGGAGGAGAUGGAGAUAUUGUUUCACCCUAAGACCCGUAAGCACCUGGGCCUGGCCUGCGUGCUCUUCACCAGCACCAGGGGGGCGAAGGACACAGUCAAACACCUGCACAACACCUCCGUCAUGGGUAACAUCAUUCACGCUCAGCUGGACAUCAAAGGCCAGCAGAGGCAGAAGUAUUAUGACCUGAUAGUGAGUGGCUCCUACACGCCCCAGACUGUGCCCACAGGAGGCAAGGCCCUGACAGAGCGGUUCCAGCUCCCAGCGCCAACACAGCCAGACACGUCGUCAGAUAUCAGGCGGAGACUGUCCUCUGAGAUAGCUGGCCUGGCUGUGGGCUUGGCUGCAGGGGUACCGGCUCUCACCCCUGGGAGCACCACCCCCUGCUCUGUGGACACAGGCUUCAGUGAGCAGCGUCUAGACACGACCCCCUCCUCUAUGGGGGGGCCCUACACCCCAGGCUCCUCCGCUUCCUCGCAAGGAGGAGGAACGCCCUACACCCCUCGCUCUGUCUCACAGGACUCGGGCUACGCUGUUGCCAGACAAGUUGGAUACAGUGCUGGCCCAUUGACCAGUGGCUACCCUCCCCAGGACAUGCUUCCCUCCUCCUCCUGCUCCUCCUCUACCGUCUCCUCCUCAGUCGGGACAUACAAAGCUCCCCGGUACUCGGAGGACCCCCAUGCACCUCCUCAAGACCCCUACCAAAGGUGUCGCCCCACAUACCCCCCUACUGGCCCUUUCCGUCCUAACGAGCCCCCGCUCUACCCCACAUACCCAAACGCUGGAGGGGCUGGACAGCACAUGGCACACCCCCCUGCAAUGCCUCCCCCGCCUCCUGCACCCCAGUACGAGCAGCCUUCUUUGGCAGACCGGGACAGAGAGCGGGACAGGGACUCAGGAGGGCGGUACGGUGCCGGUGGGAUUGGCUCUAGAAGGUCAUCUUACCAGGAGGCCAACUCUUCCUCCAAGUAUUCCCACCACUCGCAUCACUCAGAGAGGGAGAGGGGCUACAGACGGGACAGCCUGGGCUCCAGAGAACACGGCAGACACCGUAACCACCACUCACACAAUCACAGCAGCAGUAGUAGUAGCAGCAGCAGCAGGCGACGGAGCAGCCACGACCGAGACAGCAGGGAGAGGGACAGAGACAGCGACUACUCAAACAGCUCCGACCCCAGAUUCAACUCCAACUCCCACCGCUCCUCCUCCAACAGCCUGUCCCCGCCUCCAUCUACCUACCCCUCCUACUCUUCCUCCAAAGACCAACCCCCUCCCCACAACCCCUCUGUCUCCUCCCGCCUAGAGCCCUCCUCAGUGUAUCGUGCCCAGCCUAGUGGUGGUGGUUCUGGGGAGAGGGGGUCUGUGUCUGACAAGGACCCCCGAUCCCACCACACCCCUCUGCCGCCCCCUCCACCACCUCCCCUCCCCCCUGCCUCUGUGAUAGCGGCGGCUGUAGCAGAGACGCUCAGCGCCCUUGACUUUGGCCAGGAGAGCCCAGUCAGAGAGGAGACGUGGACCAAGCCCAAACGCCGGCCCACCACCCCACCUCCCCCUCCUCAGCAUCCCUCCACCCCUCCCUCUUCUCCACCCCACUCCUCCAUCGCUUCCUCCUCCACUUCACCCUCCUCCACCUCCCUCCCACACCAUCUCCCCUCCUCCACUUCCCUCUCCCCACCCCCCCAGCGAGACUCCUCCUCCCCGGAGCCAGAUUCCACCAAUGAGAGCCUGCCAUUUGUCUACCACAGCAGCAGCUUAGACUCUCGUAUUGAGAUGCUCCUGAAAGAGCAGAAAGCUAAGUUCUCCUUCCUGCCCUCCGAUGAAGAUGAAGAUGAGGAAGAGGACAGGAAGGAAGAAAGGCAGAGAGAGAAGGUGGCAGCAGCAGGAGAGGGAGGAGCAGCAGGCGAGGGCAGGAGCAAUAAGCAGAGGGAGCAGGAUGGGGAGAAAGACAGGCGGAGGAGACAAGGAAGAGAUGGAGGCCAGCAGAGGAGGAAAGGAGAGAGGGAUAGAGACGGCCGUAGAGGGAGGAAGCAGAGAACGGGGGGAGAGGGGAGGAAGAGUCCCACUGUAGUAGCACAAGCUACCCCCUCCUCCUCCACCUUCUCUCCCCGCGUCCCCACCACAGAUGACCAUACUAGUCUCCAUGGAACAGGACCUCUGCAGGAGGAGACAGCCCAACCUGAGCCUAUUGAUCCAAGGACCAGACAAGGGGCACAGACACCCCCCUACAACGGAAAGAGUCAGUCAUCCCCUCAUUCCUCUGGGGAAGACAUGGAGAUCUCCGACGAGGAUGAAGAACACACCAUUACAGCAGUGACCACCCACCACGCCACUCCUUCCUCCGUCUCUUCUCCAUCUUCAUCCCAGGCCCCCCUGCCCUCCCAGACAGACCCCUCUGCCUCCCCCUCUGACCCCACACAGCACUUUGGCACGUCCAUGCCUGCUCCACCCAUCCCCUCUUACCCCCCUCACCUCCCUCCCCCGGGCUUUUCCCUGCAGCCCCCUCCACCCCCCUGCAUCCCCCCACCGCUGGGCCACAUGGAGCUGCACUCUGAGUACCCUCCUCCCAUGCCCCCACACAUGUAUGACUAUGCCAGCAGUAUGGAGCUGAUGAACCAGUACAGUGGCGGAGCCCCCAUGUCCUUCCAGAUGCAGACCCAGAUGCUGAGUCGGCUGCACCAGCUGAGGAUGUCCUCUAAUGGCACCGCUGCCCCUGGCGACGCCCCCCCUUCAGACUACUACCACUCCAUGCCCCCUCCCCCACACCCCCACCACCCCUACAUGGACCAAGAAGGGGGUGGCUACGACCAGGACCAGCACUACAUGUCCCCCCACUUGCCCUACGCCUACCCUGGCCCCUCUCAGAUGCCCCACCACCACACCAUCCCCCCUCCACACACGGGCUGGGCCCCGCAUGUCUUACCCGAACACUACGCGUACCACACCCCUCCGCCCUAUGGGACUAUGCCUCCUGUGGGGGGAGAGGCCCAGUACGGGGCGGAGGGGGACCCCCAAAUGCCCCUGCUAACAGAGAACCCCCACGAGGCCACAGUGCAGCUGGUGCUGGCCACCCUCAUCCAGGAGAUGAAGAGCAUCAUGCAGAGGGACCUCAACCGCAAGAUGGUGGAGAACAUCGCCUUUGGAACCUUUGACGAGUGGUGGGAGCGCAAGGAGACCAAAGCCAAGCCGUUCCAGACCAUGGUUCGGGGUGUGGCUGCAGUGAGGGACGAGGACAAGAAGGAGGAGAACAAGGCCAGCAGCAAGCCCCGGGAGCCCCUCAUGUCUCUGGUGGACUGGGCCAAGAGUGGAGGAAUGGAAGGCUUCUCACUGAGAGGGGCGCUACGACUUCCCUCAUUCAAGGUGAAGAGGAAAGAACCUCUGGAGCUAGCAGAGGUAGGAGAGAUGAAGAGACCCAAGACACCGCCAGAGGAUGACGACGAAGACUCGUACCAUGACAAGGGUCUAGAGGGAAGAAUGGCAGAUGGGGAGGGCCACAGGGCUGAGAGGAACAGCAGGCGGAGGAAGAAGAAGAAGACGAGAAGUCGGAAACCUUGGGACCUGGACAGCGAAGGAGAAGAGACUUCUGACGGUUCUUCUUCAGAUAAGGAGGACGAGGAGGGAAGUGACAAGGGGUCAGAAGAUGAGGCCUUGAGUGCAGACAGCGAUGAGAGCCUCUCCUCAUCCACAGAGAGUUCUUCCUCCUCAACAUCAUCAUCAUCCUCUUCCUCUGAAGAUGAGGAGGAAGGAGAGCAGGCCGGCAGUGGACUGGACACCAUGGAUGAGUCUACGAUGGACAGCACAGCUCUGGACACAGAGAAGGGGGAUGACCGAGAAAAGUCUGCAGCUGCUGUUCCAAAAGCACCACUCAGCGCCGAGAUCAAAGCUGAAAUUGCUGCCAGCAAGAAGGAUUCAUCAACACUCAGCUCAAACGCUCGUCCUCCAGCCCCCCGCCCCUCCUCCCCAAUUGUUAUUGUGCCUCCUCUCAAGAAGCAAAGGAAGACCGUCUCGUUCUCUUCCGGGGAGAGCGACUACAAACCCCACCUUCCAACGGUUCCCUUGUCCCCAUCUCCCUCCACUGCUUCUCCUCUCUUCUCCCACAUGAAAUCUCACCUUCCAGACUCCAUUUUCAUCGCCUCCACACCUGGAACCACCCCCUCCAAGACUCUCUCACUCCUCCCCUUUGCCUCCAAACCAGGCGAAGGCAAUGCCCUCUCUCCCUCCCCUGUUCUCACUGUUCCCUCGCCUGUACGCCCCGAAGACUCAAUAAAGAGCCCUGUCCCUCUGGUGUCCCCCCCAAUCACCCCCACCAAGUCCCCCAACAAACGGGGGGCCUCCCCCAAAUCCCCCGCUCUAGUGUGGGUGUGUCGCACCGUGCAGAACCUCCCCCUGGACCACGCCUCCAUGGUCAAGAUGGCCUUCGAGGAGGCCCCGCCCCCUAUCACAAAGGGCCGGGGCAGGGGACGCCCCAGGACUGUCAGCCUGUCGACCCCCACCCCUCCCCCCUCCUUCCACACCCUCAGAGAGGAGGAGGAGGAGGGACUGCAGAGGCUGAGACUCAGUGAGCAGCUGGGAGCAUCCAGCCUGCUACAACUGGGCUCGGCUCCCACGGCUGAUCUGUCUGAUAUGGCCCUGAAGCUGGACCCAGACGCUGGAGACUCAGAGGAGACGGAGACGUCAGACGAGGCAGAGGAGCAGAAGAUGGAGGAGGAGAUGCUCCUCUCUCCCAAAGCCCUCCCCCUGGUUAUGGACCCACAGGGCCUGUCUGCCCUGCAGGAGCACAACUAUUCCAAAGCCCCCUUCCACCUCAUCCCUGCCCAAAAGAGGAGUGUCUCCAAACAGGAGCCUGGGGUGCUCCUCCCUGCAGACUUCAACCAUCACACCAUCUCUGGGGUGCUGGAAGCUCCUGAGGAGGUCAUAGGGGAACCCCUGCCCUCUAGGGACAGACACCAGGCUGAGUGUCUGUCUGGCAUGGGGCUGCUGUGUGAGGAUAGAGACAUGGCCAAGGCCUCUGUGCUGACACCUCUCACCCCAUCAGCCAAGAGGAAGGGAAUGGUGGCGAGGGGCAGGGAACUGGAGGAGAUGGGGAAAGAGAAGAACAAGAAGAGGAGGAGGAAAGAUAAGGAAAAUCUGGAGUUGCAGCAAACGAAAAAGCAGAAGGAACAUCAGACCAAGAAACAGAAGAGGAAACUAGAGGAGGUGGACCUGGAGGAGGAUGUGGACGUGGAGCGGCUGGAGCCGGGUGAGCUGUCUAACACAGAGGACGAGGAAGAGGAAGAGUGGGACGAUGUGAGGAAGAGCGAGCGCCUCUUCCUCCAGGAGGCCGGGUUGACUUCGUCGCAGCGUUGGCCCAAGCCCAUCCCUGCCCUGGAGCCCGUCACGUUUGACCAGCGCAGCGAGUUUGAGCAGAUGACCAUCCUGUAUGACAUCUGGAACUCUGGUCUUGACAUGGAGGACAUGACACUGCUGAAGACGACCUACGAGAAGCUGCUGCAGGACGACCACAGCACCGACUGGCUCAACGACACACACUGGGUCCACCACACUGUUACCAACAUCCCCAACCCGCGGCGUAAGAAGAAGAGUGCAGACGGGCAGCUGCGGGAGCACGUGACAGGCUGUGCCAGGAGCGAGGGCUACUACGCCAUCAGCAGGAAGGAGAAGGAUGUCUACCUGGAUCUGGAACUGCCUGAGCAGGCUCUACUGGAGGCUGCCGACUACGACGCCUCUGGCUCAAACCGGCUGCUGUCAGAGAGACGGUCGGAGCAGCGCCGCCUCCUCAGUGCCAUAGGCAUCCCUGCAGUCAUGGACUCUGACCUGCUCAAACUCAAUCAGCUCAAGUUCCGUAAGAAGAAGCUUCGAUUUGGCCGCAGUAGGAUCCAUGAAUGGGGCCUGUUCACCAUGGAACCCAUUGCUGCUGACGAGAUGGUCAUUGAGUAUGUGGGCCAGAAUAUCAGACAGAUGGUGGCUGACAACAGAGAGAAGCGUUAUGCCCAGCAGGGCAUUGGGAGCAGCUACCUGUUCAGAGUGGACCACGACACCAUCAUUGAUGCUACCAAGUUAGGCAACCUGGCACGCUUCAUCAACCACUGCUGCACUCCUAACUGCUAUGCAAAGGUGAUCACCAUAGAAUCCCAGAAGAAGAUUGUGAUCUACUCCAAGCAAGCCAUUGGCAUGAAUGAAGAGAUUACCUACGACUACAAGUUCCCUCUAGAGGAAAAUAAGAUUCCCUGUCUGUGUGGAACAGAGAACUGCCGUGGGACGCUCAACUAGAUACGACAGGAUGACCACUCUCACACUGAGGUGUGGCAGUGCCCCGUUUCAGUCCCUCCUGUCCCCCCUCCACAACCCCCGACUAUAACCAAGAACAAAGCCACACCCACCACCAACAGCCCCCCUCCUGACCCCAAAGCCCACCUGCUCCUCCAGACUGUCAAACAGUUGUCUGUACCAUAUCCAGAAAACAGAGAGACAUGCAACGUUUGCACUGUUCACACGCUUUAAUUUACCUGGGGUUAUGGUUUAUUAUCUUAGGGGCUGUGAUACUCUCCUUCCCAGGGGUGUGAUUAAUAAUCGGGCCCCCUCUUCUGUACCCCAAACCCCUGAAAUGCAGCAUUAGUCUCCGCUGUAGCAGGAUUUAAUAACUUAGGACCACUUGUUCCCAAUCGGUCAAGGGUGGACAUUUUUUACCCCCCUGCCAACAGCCUUUCCUUGGAAUAGAGAAUGUAACCGUAACCUAUCAGAACUGGUUUUGUGUGUCUUGUCUGCCUCCGCACAGAUAAGCUCCCGCUAACCCAAACCCUCUGCCCACACACACCAAUCCGCACAUAGACGCACAGGAUUUACAAACAUAUUCAGGGUUUUAAAGGCGCUCGUUCGCAGCGCAGUUUUAGUUACACACUCUAAUCCAUUGGGACUUCAGUUAUGCAAGAUUUCCAAACAUGAAGAUUGUUUGAGCUUUGUCAUUUUAUAGUAUUGCAUAUUCUUAUUCUUGUUCUGAUUUAGUUGCGUGAGCUGUAGGUGGGUGUGUGACUCUCCCCUCACCAGUUUGUUUGGAUGAGAGACCAUAGACUUAAAUAUUUGUUUUUCACCAUGCUAAAUAAGAACAAAUCAUUUGUAGAUCAAA